AUGAAUAAUGAAAGUAUAAAAAAAUUAAAACCAUUUGAAUUAAUACUUCAAAAAGAAAUAAUGGAUUUAGAUGAAAUGGAAGGUGUAGAAUUAUUUUUAAUUGAUGAGAAUAAUUUAAGAGAAGUUGGUAUUUCAAUUACACCUAAAGAAGGUUAUUUUAAAAACAAAAAUUUUAAAUUUCUGGUAAAAUUUAAGGAUAGCUAUCCUAUUAAUCCACCAAAAAUUAUAUGUCUAAACAAAAUAUUCCAUCCAAAUAUUGAUGAAAAAGGAAAUGUAUGUUUAAAUGUUUUAAAACUAGAUUGGAAUCCUAUUAUUAAUUUACAAAUGUUAAUAUUGGGUUUAUUACUUUUAUUAAAUGAACCUUCAACAGAUGACCCUUUUAAUCAAGUAGCAGCUGAUAUAUAUAAAAAUGAUAUAGUGAAAUUUCAGGAAAUAAAUAACUCCAUUUAUCAAAAAAAAUAG